AUGGCCCCUACAUCCACCCUGUUUGUUAUUGGGGUGAAGGGCCAGAAGUUUGAUUCAAGGAAGGAAAUCCUUGAAAAGAAAAGGGGAGUACUUGAAGGAGAGAGGGAUCAGCUUGAAAAGAAAAAGAAGGAGAAAGACGCUGAAUUUAGGAAAAUCGAAGAUGACAUCAUCCUGAAGAACGGUGAAAUCCAGCAGAUAGAUGAUGAAAUCAAUAAGUUGGACGAUGAUUGCGAAGAAGAAGUUGACAAGCAUAUCGGACCUCUCAUUAAAAGCGACGAUAUCUUCACCGAAAUACAUCUUGGGGGCAAUUCAUACAGUCCCGACACAUGCAGGAAACUUGGACUUGUUCUACGAAAGCAGAAAAACCUAAAAACAAUCAAGCUCGACGAUAUCUUCACUGGUCGCCUGCUUCACGAAAUCCCCACCGCACUCUACUCCCUCCUCAGACCCCUCCUCGAAGUCAACACGCUGCAGUCAAUCGACCUCAGUGAUAAUGCGUUUGGAGUUAAUACCAAAGACCCCAUUGUCGAAUUCCUGAGAGCGCAUCUUCCCUUGCGCCAUCUGAUCUUGAACAAUAAUGGCUUGGGCCCAGAGGCAGGAAGAUAUAUUGCAAACGCUCUAACGGAGCUCAGCGAGAGUAAACUUAAGGCACGAUCCAACCCCGAAAUCAAAUAUGAAAUACCACCACUUGAAACUAUCAUCUGCGGGCGAAACAGACUCGAGGCUGGAAGUAUGAAUGCAUGGGCACAUGCCAUUAAGGCGCACGGGAAGGGCCUUCGCACAGUCAGGAUGAAGCAGAAUGGCAUCUACUCGAAGGGUAUUGUGACACUCCUGAGCAUUGGCAUUUGUCAUGCUCCCGACCUAGAGGUCUUUGAUUUGGAAGAUAAUACUUAUGGCAAAGAAGGAUCUUCUGCGUUGGCCGAGGUAGUGCUGGGGUUGCCAUCACUCCGCGAACUAGGGGUUGAUGACUGCGCUCUUACAGGUAAGGGCUGGCUUCGGGUAGCCAAAGCACUGUCCGCCGGCGAGAACAAGAAGCUUGAGAUUCUUAAGUUGAAGGGUAACGAGAUCAAUGGUAGAGGUGUGGGAGCUCUGCUUCAUGUUGCCAGGAAGAGUCUUCCCUCGCUUAAGAAGGUUCUCCUUAAUGCAAAUGCUUUCGAUGAGGAUAACGACCAUAUCGUCAAGCUGGUGGAGCUGUUGAAGAGACGCAGGGAGCUUCUCGGAAAACUUGAUGAGGAUGAUGAGGCCUGGGGUCUGGAUGAACUGGAUGAGCUAGAAGGAGAGGAAGAGGAAGAGGAAGGUGAGGAGGAUGAGGAAGAAGAGGAAGAGGAGUGGGAGUGGGAAAGAGAAGCAGAAUCGGACGCCAUGGUUGAAGCCAAGGCAGAUAAGAUACUCAAGGAGGCCGACGAGGCAGAAAACCAACCUGUGGUUACGGACGUCGAUAAAGCCGUGGACAAGCUGGGCGAAAAGUUGAAAUCGACAACAAUCUAG